AUGUCAAACAAUCAAGUUACAAAAAUAAAUUAUAAAAGAUGGGUUUACAAAAAUUGUUGGACUCCAUUAAAAAUCAUCAAUAAUAAAUUGGAGUUUCCCACUGAUUCUCAAGGUCAAUUGGUGAUACCCGAAAAUAAUAUUUUAGUUAAGAUUCAUUAUGCGUCAUUGAACCCUGUUGAUGAAAAGUUAAGACACGUUACAUUUCUACCACCAGUGAUGACCCAUGGUAUGGGUAAAGAUUUUAGUGGUGAAAUAAUUGCUUUAGGCUCCAAUGUUAGUAAGUUCCAUGUUGGUGAUUUUGUUCAAGGAUUCCACCCAGGUGUUUUAACAAGUGAUGGAACAUUCAGUGAAUAUUUACUUAUAAACACUGAAUUAUGGAAGUUCAAAACUGAAAUUGCAAAAGUUCCAGAUAAUACAACUUUGGAACAGGCAUCUGCCUGGCCAUUGGUGUUGGGUACAGCUAUGCUAUUAAUGGAUAAAUUACCAAUCCAAAAUAAAAAAGUUUUGGUUCUUGGUGGUGCUACUUCAGUGGGAAGAUAUUUGACGCAAUUGUUGAAAAUUGAAGGAGCAAGUGAAAUUGUUGUCAGUUGUUCUCCUAGAUCACAAGCAUUGGUAGAAGAGUUGGGUGCUACAAAGAUAGUCAACUACAGAGAGAAUGUCUUAAACCAAGUCUUGGAAAAUGUCAAGGACAAACCAUUUGAUUAUAUAUUUGAUUGUUGGGGUGGAAAUAUGUUAUUCCCAGACAUUAAACAAAUAUUAGUUAAAGGUGGUGCUUAUCGUACUAUUGUUGGUGAUCAAGCUGGAAGUGAUCUAGUAGCAUUGAUUUGGGGUACACUUAGGUCAAUUUGCAGAGCAAUGGUCAGUUCAGCCAAUUUAUUAGACUAUUCAUAUAGUUAUGUGUUGGUUGGAGAUAAGAAUCCAGGAUGGAUAGAUAAAGCACAGGAAUACAUUGGUAGUGGAAAGGUAAGGAUUUUCAUUGACAAAGUUUACGACUUUGAAGAACUACCAGCAGCAAUCAAUUAUAUUGAAACCGGUCAAGCCCAAGGUAAAUUAAUCAUCAAAUUGAGUACCACCGACUAG